UUCAUCUUCCUCAACCCACCCCACACUCCCUGCAAACCAUUCGUUCAGCAGCGUCGAGCCUUCCUUGCACCUACAGCAGCCACCACCGCCGCGACGCCCUUCCCACGCGUGCACCGCCGCGUUCUCUUCUGCCACAGCCCGUGAGUGCUGUUCACAAGGCUCCUGCUUGUUCGGUAGCAAUUUCAAAGGUAGUACAUAAAGCGAAAACCUGGGGUUUCAAUUUCAAAUUCAAACUUGUUUCAUUUAGACUGAGAGAAGUGAAAGAGUGUUGCAGUGAUUGAGAAGAAACCAUGGAGAGUGGUCAACGGCGUGUGGGUUUACUCUACGACGAGAGGAUGUGCAAGCACCACGUACCAGACGACGGUUACCACCCCGAAACCCCUGAUCGCAUUAGGGUUAUCUGGAACAAGCUUCAAUCCACCGGAAUUACUGACCGGUGUGUGAUUUUGGAAGCCAAGAAAGCUGAGGACGAACAGUUGCUAUCAGUUCAUACCAAAAAACAUGUUGAUCUCAUUAACAAGAUUAGCUCAAAGCUAUACGAUUCGCGUAGGCUUAAGAUCGCGCAUAAAUUGGAUUCUGUUUACUUCAAUGAGGGUUCUUCAGAAGCUGCUUAUCUUGCUGCUGGCUCUGCUAUAGAGGUUGUUAAAAGAGUGGCAAGCAGGGAGUUGCAUUCUGCUGUUGCUGUUGUUAGACCUCCAGGUCAUCAUGCAGAACCAAAUGAAGCCAAGGGAUUUUGUCUGUUCAACAAUGUGGCAGUUGCUGCAUCUUAUCUCUUAGAUCAAAGGCCAGACUUAGGGGUAAAGAAAAUUUUAAUUGUUGACUGGGACAUCCAUCAUGGAAACGGUACUCAAAAAAUAUUCCUGGAUGAUUCUCGAGUUCUAUUCUUCUCCGUUCACAGGCAUGAAUUUGGGAGCUUUUAUCCAUCUAGUGAUGAUGGGUUUUAUACCAUGAUUGGAAAAGGAGCAGGUGCUGGUUAUAAUAUAAAUGUGCCAUGGGAGAAUGGGAGAUGUGGUGAUGCAGACUACAUUGCAGUGUGGGACCACAUUUUGCUCCCUGUUGCCAAAGAAUUUAGUCCAGACAUAAUUAUAGUUUCUGCUGGAUUUGAUGCAGCUGUUGGUGACCCUCUGGGCGGAUGUCGUGUCACACCAUUUGGUUAUUCUGUUCUGUUAAAAAAGUUGCUGCAUCUGGCUGAAGGUAGGGUUGUACUGGUUUUAGAAGGAGGUUAUAAUCUUGAUUCAAUUGCAAAAUCAAUGCAUGCCUGUUUGGAAGUUUUGCUAGAAGACAAGCCUCUUAUUGGAUCCUCAGAGGCCUAUCCAUUUGAGUCUACAUGGCGCGUCAUUCAAGCGGUUCGGCAGGAGUUAAGUCCCUUUUGGCCAACACUUGCCUGUGAAUUACCACAAAAAUUAAUUAGUCAAAUAGCACCACCUCCGGAUUCUCUUAUUUCAAGCUCUGACUCAGAGACUGAGGAUGACAAGGGCCAAAUCAAUUCAGAAAAACUUGCAGAGCUUCUUGAGGAUGUUAUAAAACCACUUUCCAAGCUGAAUGUUGAUGCAGAUGAAGAGACUGAUGCUUCUAGUUCUUGGCGAUCAGAGUUGUCAAAUGUUUGCAUAUGGUAUGCCUCAUAUGGAUCAAAUAUGUGGAAGUCAAGAUUAUCUUGUUACAUAGCAGGUGGACAGGUGGAAGGUAUGCAGAAGCACUGUCCCGGUUCAGUAAACAAAACUCUGCCAAAGGAGAUCCUGUGGAAGACUUUCCCUUGCCAUAUAUUUUUCGGUCGCGAUUUCUCCCGUUCUUGGGGUCCUGGAGGGGUUGCGUUUCUUAAUCCUGAGAGAAACAUGCAGCACAGCACCUACUUGUGCCUGUACAAAAUUUCGCUAGAGCAGUUCAAUGAUAUUUUAUUUCAUGAAAAUGGUUUAAGCCUUAAUGCUGGUUCACCUUUAUUUGAUACAACUACCCUGAAUACUAUCUCUGUCAAGGAGUUCGAUUCUCAGGAGAUUGUCAAGGGUGGUUGGUAUGGUAAUGUCGUCUACUUAGGAAAGGAGCAGGAUAUUCCAAUAAUUACCAUGACGUGUUCGCUUCAUGAUAUUGAGCGCUUCAAAUCUGGAAAGCUACCAUUGCGUGCGCCGAAUAAAGCAUAUGCCAACACCUUAAUAAAAGGGUUGGUGGAGGGAGAGCAGCUUUCAGAGGAUGAAGCCAUCGCUUACAUAGAAGCUGCUGCUAAAUCACUAUGAUUUGCAUAGGCAUGUCAUUGGCUUUGGGUGUAAAUCUUCUAGAGCAGCUUACUGGUAAUAGUUAAAGUAUUUUUUUGUCCUAGAUAGCAAAACCCUAUGAUGGUGGUGUUUCAAGGCUUCAUAUUUUGCGCAGUUUUGUGUAUGCCUCGUGCAUCGGCUGCUUUUUAUUUGCUUCAGUGCUGGUGCCUUUAUUGCAUCAUUUGCAUGUAUAUUUAUUUUUAAGGGAUUGCAUGUAUAUGUAUAUUUAUAUUUUGUGAGUGAUACCAUUUGGUCCCGUCAAAGGACAAACUCGUUGACAUUUGGUCUGUAACUAUUGAAGAUUUGAAGCCAAGAAAUGUCUAAAUGACUGAAUUAAAACAUAAA